UUUUGCACCGGGAAGCAAACCAGCUGUCAGACGAUGAGGAAUGCAACAUUUGUUUACAUACUUUCUCCUAGCUAGUUUGUGAUACGCUUUUACACCGAAAAUGAGCAGUUCAGAAGUAGAAUAUCUAAAAACGCAGCUUGCAAUUGCAAGGAGUGAAAUAAAAAACUUAAGACAACAACUCUCCAACCUCCAGCACAUGCACACAAAAGAGCACCAGAACAUAUUAAAGCUGUUGGCCGAUUACCGGUGCGAAGGAUGCCAGGAAAAGCAACAACUUAAUGGCUGCAGCAAUAAAACGGAGAUCAUAGCGACGAAUGGUGACGAGGCAGAUGCAGUAUGCCAAUUCAAACCGAUCGGUGUAAUAAAAACGGUGUUCAAUGAUAAACGCGCUGUGCCACGGCAAGCUAGUUUAGCGUCGGCUUUGCUGAGUAGAAUAGAUAUAUCGUCCAGCACGUUCAACAAUCCGGCACACUCGCUGGAAGGGCUGGAAAACUUUUCACACCUCUGGAUUAUUUAUCACUUUCACCGCAAUCCUAACCACGCCAAAGCGAAAGUGGCUCCUCCACGAUUAGGUGGUGAGCGUGUCGGAGUGUUCAGUACGCGAUCUCCUCAUCGUCCAUGUCCAAUUGGUCUGUCGCUGGUACAGCUGGAUAGGGUAGAAGACUCCAAAGUGUUCUUUCUCGGUACAGAUAUGGUUGAUGGUACACCCGUAUUAGACAUUAAACCAUACAUUCCGCAAUACGAUGUGCCGGUCAACAUGAAGGAAGCCGAAUUUCUUAACUCACGCGAAGCACCCGAUGGAGAGGAAACGUCUCUGCAGGACAAGAAACCUGCUGGGUCAGUUAACAGCCAACCGGUACCUGCCGUGACCGUACCCAAUUGGGUACUGAACAGCUCGAGCUUAAACGUAGUUUUCAAUACAAAUGCUGAAUCUCAACUGCAAGAGCUUCAAAUAGAAAAGAAUUCCAUCGUUGAUGUCCUGAAGGCUGAUCCACGCUCUGUGUAUCUGCGCACGAAGUAUGGUUCGCAAAUAUACACGUUCAGGUUGGGCGAGCAUACCGUCACGUGCAAAUUUGACGAUCAAAACACAACCGUAACCGUUCUGCAAAUACGAGAUGUAGAAAAUUUUCAGGACUUUACUGGAGAAGGUUGCUUGUCAGCCGAAUAGAUGUAUGAUUUGCGACUACGGUUGGAACAAAACGCGUACUUAAAGUACUUUGGUUUCGAAAACUAACCCCCUUUCAAUUGCUCGCUGUUGAAACUGUGACCAGUUGACGGAUUAUUUUAUUUGCUUCUGCUCAGUAUAGCUUUCAAAUGUACGCAGCAAAUAUAAUAGAAUGAUUUGCAAAUUAUAUCACUCGUAGGGUAAUAUGUUUAAAGCAGAGUAAAGAAAACUGUUAGUUUUUUAUAAAAUUUGUGUAAUUAGGCAUCAAUAAAACGAACUAUAAGAAAUAUGUUACAAAA